AUGAACCCAAUUCAUGUAGACAAGAAAUGGUUCGUUUCGACGAACUUCAAAACCAUACGAAAAUUCACUCAGAAACAUUGCAUUUUAUUCAGAAUAGUUUGGAACGGAGUCGAGACUUCAACGUUGGAAGCAGAUGAGGAGGAUGAAGAUUCUAGAUCGACGUCUGCCGAUGAAUCUCCAGCUAUUAUUAGCAGCAUCGAUGAUCCUCGUGUUUUAAAUAUUCUACGUAGCUUGAAGCUCAACUGUCCGUGUAAAUCGUGUACGGAACAAGAUCCCCUUUCCAGCAGUCGACAAGAAGACGAUAGCGAUUUAAAAAGCUCAUCCCCAGAAGAGAAUAGAAAAAAAAAGUGGUCAUUGAAGCAUCGGAAGUACGUUGAUUCGAGUUCGGAGAACGUGGACGUAUCGUCUGAUUGCAACAGCGAGAACAUGAAAAGAAGGAAAAGUCGACGGAAAAGUAUUUUAACUCAUCGUAUUAAAACUAAUUCAAUGAUAAACGCGUCUCCGAAAAUUUCAAAUCGUCGACGAUCCAACUUCUCCUUUUUUAAUACUCUUUUUGACAUCGUUUUCUGGCCUUAUUUGUUUCUAAAAACGAAUCGGUGAUAGUUCGCAUUCUUUUUUCCUUUGAAAAAGAUCAUCAAAAAGAAAAAAAUCAUCUUUUGAGGAAACGAAUAUGUUUAUUUAGCGAUUCCUCUAAAUAAUUUUCUAGGAGAAACCAAGAAACUGUUUUAUAAAUGCACCAUUCUUUUAUCGACAAAUUAUAUAAUUUUAUCAAUUGAUAAUACAUUUCAUUCUUCGUACAGUUUACAGAAUAUUUCGAGAAGUAUUUAAUAGAACGCUACUGUAUA